AACUUGGAGCAUCAGUUUGAAUUGUUUCGAGUCACAAUGCAGAUUUCCCCAGUCGUUUUUGGCCUCUUCUUGGCUUUCUUCUUCGGUGCACAACCGACAACAUCAGCUUUUCGGCCACCGCCACCGCCACCACCACCGCCACCGCCACCGCCACCGCCAUUGGGUAUUUUCUGCAGAUAUUUCCCCAAUGCUCUUAUAUGCGAGGACUUAGGUAAAACAACUACACCUGCACCACCUGGAAAUGCAACCGGCAAUGGAACUUCUUCGGCAGGAGGUCAACUGCGUUCAUUGUUGCCACCAUAUGAUUUCCCGAGCUUGGGUUAACUGGUGAUAAUACCACCAGAAUAUAUAUAUUGCAAUAACCUUUAGUUUUUGUACACUGGCAUGCCAAUUAAAAACUUCCAAGCAUAAA